GUGGACUAGUUUGGACCAUUUGUUCCUCCAAUUAUCUGGUAUGUGGCUAUGAUUCUCUCUCUUCAGAUUCCAUCCCCAUGGCAACGUCCAACCUCUCCCACCAAACUGCACGGCCGUUCCCCACAGCGUGCGUCAGUUCCCGGCCACCAAGCGCCGCCGUUAACCUCCGGCGGCACCUCCCACCUCCUCCCAAGCCCAGAAAACUGACCCUCAAAACCAACAACCGCUCCAAGUGGGCCAUUCAAUUGAGCCUAGUGGAGCAAAGCCCACCAAAAUCAACGUUCAACAUGCAGCAACUCGUGGGCUUUCUCUACGACGAUCUAACCCACCUCUUCGACGAUCAAGGUAUCGAUCAAACGGCCUACGACGAACGCGUCUUCUUUCGAGACCCAAUCACCAAACACGACACUUUGAGUGGCUACCUCUUCAACAUUGCACUUCUAAAAAAUCUCUUCAGGCCCCAAUUUCAGUUGCAUUGGGUCAAACCGACAGGACCGUAUGAGAUAACUACACGGUGGACCAUGGUUAUGAAAUUCGUGCUACUUCCUUGGAAACCGGAACUGAUCUUUACAGGAACUUCCGUUAUGGGCAUUAACCCAGAAAAUGGCAAGUUCUGUAGCCACGUGGACUUUUGGGAUUCAAUAGAGAAAAAUGAGUAUUUUUCUUUUGAAGGUUUGUUGGAUGUAAUCAAACAGUUGAGGAUUUAUAAGACACCAGAAUUGGAAUCACCCAAAUAUCAAAUAUUGAAAAGGACGGAAAAUUAUGAGGUUAGACAGUACAAUCCAUUCAUAGUAGUAGAAACAAAUGGAGACAAGCUAUCUGGGUCUACUGGCUUCAAUGAUGUUGCUGGAUAUAUAUUUGGAAAGAAUUCCACAACAGAGAAGAUACCAAUGACUACUCCUGUAUUCACGGAAACCAAUGAUGCUGACCUGUCCAAAGUGUCAAUCCAAAUAGUUCUUCCAUUAGACAAAGAAACAGAAAGUUUACCAAAUCCUAAUCAAGAAACAGUUCGCUUGAGAAAGGUUGAAGGAGGCAUUGCUGCAGUAAUGAAGUUUAGUGGAAAGCCCACAGAGGAUACUGUUCGUGAAAAGGAGAAAACCCUGCGUGCCAAUAUCAUUAAAGAUGGUCUUAAGCCUCAAUCUGGUUGUUUGCUUGCACGGUACAAUGAUCCAGGUCGAACAUGGACCUUUAUAAUGACCACAGGAAGUGCACAUGGAUCGUGUCAGGAUAGUAAUGUGAUAGAAUACCGCAGCAACCGCAACAAGCAUGACCCAAAAGGAACGUGCAAAGACCCACGUACCUGCUGGACUACAUAGAAGAAACUGCCAAAGACCGUUAAUCAUGCAUUCUGUAUGUGCUUAGCAGUUUGUAAUAGCAUUGUUAGGAAAUAUUAGGCUGCCACAUGUCCUUUUAUAUGUCCUUAUAUAGGAGUUUCGUGUUAGACAUGCAUGCUGUGCAUGCUUAGCAGUUUGUAAUAGUAUUACUAGGAAAUAUUAGGCUGCCUUGUAUAGGAGUUUCUAAAACUGCCCAUAACUGGCAGUAUUUGUCUUUAAAAGCACAUAAAGCCAUGAAUAAAGGGAGAAGAAAAAAACCUUAUUUC